GCGUUAAUGUCAUUGAGGCGUCGCGGUGAAUGUAGCCGCCUGUUGUUGCUGUUUUCGGGCAUGUGGCUUUGGGGCUUAAGAGCCGUCUUCCUCUCCUCUGACCCUGGCUCGUCGAUGAAAAAAAAGCAAGCGAAAAUGGGGGCUGAGUGAUGCAGCACGGAGGAAAAAUAAUCCGCUUUAAUUUGAAACUGCUGAUGUCGCUAAAUACGGAGACUCGCCGCCUUUACGGACUAUGUGUGCUCGCUUGUUGACUUUAUCAAAGCAAAAGAUUGGACUGCUGCAUUUUUAGGCGUUGUACUCCCCAUCUGCAAUGAUGCGGGCUGUGGUAGACCGUAGGAACGCCGUGCUUCUUACUGUCUUCAUUGGACUCCUCGUUUCAGAAGGAGCCAGCAAAACACCGAGGGAACAUUCAGGCACAGAAGAUGUGACUCUGAAGGUCCACCUGAGCGAUUCCAGCACUCACCAGUCUUUGCAGGGAGCAUCUAUACAGCUCUUUGCGAACCACACUUUGGUAACCACGGAAACCUCACUGGCUGAUGGCAACGCCUACCUACGCUUCCCAUAUCGCCUGGGGACCCUGUUGGUUGUUACUGCAACCAAACAAGGAUAUGUGCCAAACUCUGUUCCCUGGACACCCUCCAGACUACCUGUGUUUUCCUCCAUUAGCCUGAGUCUUCUACCUGAGAGACCCGCCACUCUGACGGUGUACGAAGAUGUUGUGGAGAUUGUUUCUGAUUUUCAAGGUUUCAAGCGACAGCCCAGUGUUUAUUUCCAGCGCCGAGCCUUGAGUCUUCCUUCGAACACGUCCUACGCCAAUUUGACUGCUCUGCUCACUGUGGCCGACUCCUCCUUGCACAUCCACCACUUUCCCUACCUGCAGGUCCAAGGCGGAAAUGGCACAGGUUUUGAGAAGCCGUCAGAUUUGACUCCUGUGGCGGCCAUCUCCGUCCACCUAUUGGACAGCGAUGGAGCCAAGCUGCAGGUGAAUGAACCAAUCACCGUUUCCAUCCCACUGCCCGUGAACAGUGGACUGAAGGAAAAUGACCAUGUGCCUGCUUGGAGAUUUGACCCACGUUUGGGUGGCUGGAUAAAGAGCAGUUGGGGUCACGUGCAAAAGGUAGACAACCAACUCAUCCUGACAUACAUUGCUCCACAGCUGGGAUACUGGGUGGCGGCAAUGUAUCCACCUCAGCCAGGUACCCUUGUUGGGAGAGACAUCAGCAUGUACCACACCCUGUUCCUACUGGCCAUUCUUGGAGGCAUGGCCCUCAUUAUGCUGGGUCUGCUCUGCAUUCUUCUGUACUACUGCAGGCGUCGCUGUUUGAAGCCUAGGGGUUCUCAUCGCAAGCUCACAGUGUCUUCUGGUCUUGACAGCAGCAAGAGGGACCAAGCCACCUCCAUGUCUCACCUCAAUCUCAUCAACAAUGAGAUACAUCUGGAGCUGGUUUCCACGGGAACAGAGUCGGACAUGACCACACCCAUGCUGAAGCCUUCCACUUUUCAGUGUGGAGACAAUCCACAUCCACACAGCCUGAUCCAGCACAGCAAACACAGCCGCUCUUCCCUGGGCAACAGCCAGCAAGGCUCCUCUUUGGGCAAUCUGACGCCUCACAGCAAAGACUACAGGCAGUCUGUGGAAACAGUCCAGCUGAAGUCAACACUUUCUUGUGGAAUGGAGCGAGGAUAUCGUCAGUCAUACACUUCCAUCUGCUCAUCCAAUAACCACAUAUCUGACGGACUAUCAGCAGCAAACCACGGACUUCUUUCUGACCAUCAGCUGAGCGGCAUUGUCUCUCCUUCCUCUCCUCCUUGUUCUCCAAGCAGAGGGGAUGGAUGUGAGUGCAGAGCUCCUGACUACCUUCUCUCACGGUCUGUGGACCACAUAGAGCGCCCCCCUUCGCUCUCCCGACCAGGACAGCUGCUCUGCUGUGCCUCCGUGGACCUGCUGAGUGGCGGAGAAACCUACCCGAGGGUGCGUCCCACCCUGGUCAUCCCCGCUCACUACAUGCGCUUGCCUGGGGAGCACCCUCUGUCUGGGCAGGCCCUCUUGCUGCAGACUGACCAGCAAAGUGACCUUGAGACCAUCCAAGCAGAACUCAAUGCCUCGCAGCCCACACGGUCUCCGGGACACGCUCCCAAAGACUGCAUCCCAGGCCCUUCUGAGCAGGGCGAUGGUGAAAAGCUGGUGGAAGCUUUGUCCAUACCUUCAGCGCUUGGAGACACAUCUCUGGUGGAAAUAAACAGCGAGGACACACUCCUAGCCGAAAAGACUUUAAUGGCUCUCCGAGGCGGUAAGCCUCUGCCUCACCCGCGAGCCUGGUUCGUCUCGCUAGACGGCCGCUCCAACGCUCACAUACGCCACUCCUACAUUGACCUUCAGCGGGCAGGUUGUCACGGCAAUGCAACAAGUGCGGCAAGUCAGCAGGGAGGUGGGCGGAAGCAUGGCAGCGGCAACGACGCCAGUCUGGACUCGGGCGUAGACCUGAAUGAGCCCCGAGCGGGUCGCAGAGGCAAAGACGUCAAUCAAGAGGAGCAAGGGGUCAAAAUGAAAGGGUCAAAGGGCACAAAACCAACGACAGCCUUCACUCAGCUGGUGUAUGUAGAUCAUCUGGACGGGGCAGGCAGCAAGUACAACUCCCAGGAUAGCAAACUGGGCUCGGUUCAGUCGUUCACAGGAGAAACAGAAUUUGCACAAAUACAAAAGGAACCUCCUUCGCCAUCCUCAUCUUCUACUGCAUCUUCUCCUCCUACUCUGUCCCCUCACAGCGGCGUCACUCUCAGGAACACACUGCUGCCUGCUUCUCCCGAUGAUGACGCCACACAGGAGGACAUGGAGGAGGAGAAAAAGAGUCCCUGGCAGAGGAGGGAGGAGCGACCCCUGCUGGCUUUCAACCUUAAAUGAAUGCUAAGCAAAGGAUCGAUGCACCUUUAUAUUUUGUACAGCACUGACUUCAAACCACUUUGAUCUUUUACAAAACUUUUAUGAAACCACCGUUAACGUUUCCUGGGGGACUUUUUAAUAUGCAAAACAACGGUAUGCCUUUUAGGAGCAACGAGUGGGUGAUUCUCACAAAAGACAAUCUACAUGGAUCUUUUUUCCUAAGCCAUAUCAGCCUUGGACCACCACAGAUACACAGAACCAAUCAAAGUGAACUCAAAACUCAAUUUUUGUCUAACUUUUGAUGUCCUCUGACGAUUCCAGCACACUCCCACUCCCACACAUCCAUCCUGAACUUUGGUAGGGUUUCUUGACCAAUUUAAAGCAUGAGGCUUGUACCUGCUGUACUAGCAGGUGAUUGGAAUAAAGUCACCUUUAGUUUCAGAAACUCUUUGCUUCAUACACUCGUAUAUGUACAGUUACUUGAUACACGUUCAUUCAUCACAUCUGCAACGUGUAAUGAGAUCAUGUGACACGCCAUGUGGCUGAAGGGCGAGUAUGGAAUUCUGUAGUUAAGUCCCAAGUAAUGAUAUCUAAUACUAUGAAGGUUUUUUUGUUUUUUUUAAGGAGUUGAAUCACUGACUAAAUCAAAUUUUUUUUCCUGUUAAGACUAUACGUCAGCUUUAUACACCUGCUUAAGAUGCCUUUUUUAAUCCAUUUUAAUUGCCAAAGCAAAGUAUUUUACCUUGAUGAGGCUUUCCAAAUAUAUAUUAAGUGCUUUUCGUCAUCGCUUGCCUUUUGUUUUUAGUGUUUUUUUUUGUUUUUGUUUUUUUAAACCUGAAACCAAACUGUUUUGCUUGCAGUAUUUCCCUUUGUAUCUCCAAGUGCCUUUUCUUUAGAUACAGAUUUCCAGAUGUGAUCACUGUUUAUUUAUGUCUCAUCUUCUUUUAUCCUCUACCUCCGUAUCUUUCCCGUACGCAGUAAAUGUAACUUUUUUACCACUCUGCACACAACUCACGUCGUUUGCACUUGUCCAUGAUAUCGUGCAGCAGGGAAAUGGAUAAAGCAAAUCUAAAAAGUUAACUACAAGUUUUUAAUGUGUUUUCUGACGAAUGCUACAUGUUUUGUUUGGUUGUUGUUUUAAUGGAGUCCAUGUGAGAGAGUUUGGAAAUAAUCAAAUCCACUCUGAAUUCAUAUAGUCAUAGCAAUCAUAUCAGACUUUUUAUUAUAGUUCAUUUUAUUCAAUUGGUGGAAAAUAAUGCAAGUCAGCAUUCUGCAAGGGCUUCUCCUUCUUGCAGCCUGUUGAGUGUGUAAAUUGGUCGUUUUCCAUUUUAAUUCUAUUAUUCUGAAUAAAGAGCCAAACUUAAACAAUGUGUGCAUAUGGGUUGUUGCAACCACACUUUUUUUUUACUGUCCAACUGAGAUUAGAAUGUUUUUUGGGGUUUUUUCACAUUAAACUGCAUUGUAAUAAGGUUCUGUCGGCCAGCGAGUGCCUUUCUUUUGAUUUGAAUAGUUGUCUGUUCAGAAUGUUAAUGUGAUCAAGUGGGCCUUUUUUCAUGUGUAAAUUUAGUUGAAAAGUGCCGUUUUUUAAACGAUCACCUCGAUUUUAAUUUUUAUGCAUUAUUUUUUUUCGACUGUAUGGUUUGCAUAACUAAACUGUUAGUUAAAAUAAAAACAAAGAAAUCAAUUUCCAAAUACACUUAAACUAUUACUUGUUUUAUCGCAUUAUUAGGUCUUAGCAGCAACAUGGAUAUUCAUAUACUGUGAAUGUGAUCGUGAAUGUUGUGCGAGCCAGCACAAAUGCAGCUGGGAUAGGUUCCAGUGACCCCGAAAGAGACAAGCGGUAGGAAAUGGAUGGAUGGUAUUAUUUUUUUUCUACAGUCAGUACAAUGUCUGCUUUCCCAUAACUGCUGUAAAAAUGUCUUACAUUCUUCUUGUUUUCCCCCAUUAAAUGAAUUUAUAUUUUU